UUCUCCUGUAUAUAAUGGAGGUUGCUGGUAACCACAACCACGAAGAAACUUCAGUUUUUCUCGGAUUCUAGCUCUGAGGGAAAGGAAAUCACCUUCUCUGUCUCAGGAGAGAUAACACUGACAGGACAGAGAUGUCGUCGGAGCUUGAGAAGAAGACGGUGUGCGUGACCGGCGGGAACGGGUACGUUGCUUCAUUGCUCAUCAAGAUGCUGCUGGAGAAGGGAUACGCCGUGCAGACGACUGUCAGAGACCCCAACAACGAGGAGAAGGUGUCCCGUUUCAGGGAUUUGGAGAAACUUGGGCCCUUGAAGGUCUUCGGCGCCAACUUGGAGGACGAAGGCAGCUUCGACGAGGCGGUCGCCGGCUGCGAAUUCGCCUUCCUCGUCGCCGCUCCGAUGUACGACAAGAGCCACAAGUCCGACGAUCUUGAGAAAGAAAUCGUCCAAGGCGGUGUCCAGGGCACUCUGAACGUGCUGAGGUCGUGCGCGAGAGCCGGCACGGUGAAGCGCGUGGUCCUGACGUCGUCGACGGCCGCCGUCUCCAGCCGGCCGCUGGAAGGCGACGGCCAUGUCCUGGACGAGUCGUCCUGGUCCGACGUCGAGUACCUCAGGUCCAACAAGAAGCUGUCACCGACUCAGGCGUACUCGAUCUCCAAGGUUCUUUCGGAGAGGGAGGCGACCAGGUUCGCGGAGGAGAACGGCCUCAGCCUGGUCACCCUCGUCCCCGUCGUCGCCGUCGGCGCGUCGCCGGCGGUGAGGGUCGACACCAGCGUCCCCGCUUGCCUCUCGCUGAUAACCGGCGACGAGGAGAUGAUGACCAUCCUGAAGGGCAUCGAGAAGGCGUCCGGCUGGUCGAUGCCGCUCGUCCACAUCGAGGACGUCUGCCGCGCCGAGGUUUUCGUCGCCGAGAAGGAGUCGGCGGCGGGGAGGUACAUCUGCGGCGGCCUCAACACCACCGUCACCGAGAUCGCCCACUUCCUGGAAGCCAAGUACCCGCAGUACAACGUCAGAUGCGAUUGCAUCGAGGAUCAUCACCCCCUGAAGCCGACCAUCUUCCUCUCGUCGGAGAAGCUCACCGGUGAAGGGUUCGAGUUCAAGUUCAAGACCCUGGACGAGAUGUACGACGACCUCAUCGCGUACGGCAAGGCCCUGGGGUUGGUGUCCAACUGUCCUAUCCUUUUUUGCAUCGUUGUCUAUGGCCACUCCCAUUCCACCAUUGUCAUCCAUACCUCUCUGCGACGAUCUCCUUGCUACGUAGAUCGAGGUGAUGGCAGUAGCUCGAACAGAGCAAAGCAUGCGAGGAUCAAGUGCGCUUGCUCGUUUCUUUGGGGGUUCGAUUUGGUGGGCGAGGGAAUCCAAGCUUGUGAACUCCUCUGCUACGAGAUGCCGGCGAUGUCGGCGGUCGAGAGGAAGACGGCGUGCGUGACCGGCGGCAGCGGGUACAUCGCUUCUGCGCUCAUCAAGAUGCUGCUGCAGAAGGGAUACGCUGUCAAGACGACAGUCAGAAACCCCGAUAAUAGGGAGGAGAAUUCUCAUUUUGAGGAAUUGCAAGAACUUGGCCCCUUGAAGGUUCUCCGCGCCGACUUGGAAGAAGAAGGCAGCUUCGACGAAGCAGUUGCCGGCUGCGAGUACGCCUUCCUCGUCGCCGCUCCGGUGAACCUGAAGGCACAGAAUCCUGAGAAGGAAGUCCUGGAAGCCGGUGUCCGAGGCACUUUGAACGUGAUGAGGUCGUGCGUGAAAGCGGGCACAGUGAGGCGCGUGGUCCUGACAUCGUCGGCGGCCGCCGUCUCCGGCAGACCGCUGCAAGGUGUCGGCGAUAUCGUCCUGGACGAGUCGUCCUGGUCAGACAUUGAGUACCUCAAGUCAGGCAACAAGAUGGAUCCUGGUCAGGCGUACGCGAUCUCCAAGGUGGUUUCGGAGAAGGAAGCGAGCAAGCUAGCGGAGGAGAAUGGCAUCAGCCUGGUCGCGGUGUGCCCGGUUGCCACCGUCGGUGCAGCGCCUGCGCCGGUGGCCAGCGCGAGCGUUGCCAAUGUCCUCUCCCUCUUGUCCGGCGACGAGGAUUGCAUCAACACCAUGAAACUCAUAGACAGGGGCUCCGGCGGGAUAAAGCUGGUUCACGUCGACGACCUCUGCCGCGCCGAGAUAUUCGUCGCCGAGAAGGCGUCGCCGGCGGCGAGGUACAUCUGCUGCAGCCUCAACACCACCAUCGUGCAGAUCGCCCGUUCCCUCGCCUCCAAUUACCCGCAGUACAACGUCAACAGCGACGCCCUUGGCGACGUCCCCGAGGAGCCGACGAUCCUCCUCUCGUCGGAGAAGCUGACCGGGGAAGGGUUCGAGUUCAUGUACAAGACGCUGGAUGAGAUGUACGACGACGCGUUCAUCGAGUACGGCAGGGCACUCGGGGUUCUGCCCUACUGAUUUAUCACCGGAGGGAAACGGCUUAUUUGAAAUGUAUGGAUAAAACUUUUAUAAGAACCUAGUCAUAUUAAUUAGAAAUAAAUAUUAUAAAAUUGACUAUGAUAAAAAUAUAUAAUUUAAGUUUUAUAAUUUAAAAUAUUAGUUGCAAAAGUAAAAUGACGGAGCACACAAUGACAACCAAACGGUUCACGAUGUUUGAUACCUCAUCGGGAUCACCUUGUUUCGAUAUCAGAUCUAUUACCGAUGAGCUAUCUUAUUAGAAUUAUCUUGUUUCUACUAUCAGAUCUGAUGUAUCGUAUUUGAUACC